AUGUCUUCAAAAUUUACCAUUGAUGAUCAGCAUGAUUGUAACCUGGUUCAUGGUUGCCAUUGGGAUGUCUAUAGCCAGGGAAUAUGUACCAACAAUUCUUUUAUUCCAGAGAGAAUUAAAGCUACAGUGUCUUUACCUUGUCUUGGACUAUAUUCAAAUCAAACAUUUUCUGAAGAUGACGUAAUCAGAAAAUUCAAUGAUCUUCUUGUUAAUGAAAUUCCAUCAUUAGAUAAGACUAUGAUGCAGCUCAAUACGAUUCAGGACAAUACAUUAAUAGGGAGACAAAUCCAGGUUGUAUUACAAGGAAGAGUUACUUCCCCUCCUGUAUCAGAAAUCUGGUGGGAUGUACAACAGCUAAUAGAUAACAGCCACAAUGUGACUGUAAAUGGGACUGGGUAUCACAUCAUGGUACAUCCUGUUACAUACCAACAGUUUACAAAUAUGUAUAUAUCAUUAACUGUGGAUGGAUUUAAUGCUGAUAGUUUGAUACAAGACCAUCCACUUGAUGGAAGAGAAGAAAUUAGACAUGCUGUCAUAGAGCUGGCCAAAUCAUACAUUAGACCCCAAAUUGUUAAAAGUAUCAGAGACUUCAAAUCUAGUCUGGAUGAAGUGACAUUUUCUGUAGACAGUAGCUAUGACAACAGUAUAGACCUUAGGUCAGAGUAUGACAUAUUACAGAAGGCUGUCACGAAUGGCAAGGUCAAUGUCACAGUCUUUGAUCAGACUUAUGAUGUCAAAUAUGUUUUCUUUAUUGGCAGUUUUGAUCACCUAUGUCCAAGGAGCUGUGAUGAAGGAACACAGAGUACUUGUAGUAUUAUCCCAGGGUGUGAUUGGUCAUACACAGGACAGUGUUUAGCGGACAUAGUUUUUCCAGAAAAGAAGAAAAUCAAUGUUGUUUUUCCCUGUGUAGACAUAAGAAAGCUGACAGAUCCAGAGAAAAACAAUUUGUUGUCCAAAUCUACACAACAUAUCACCAAAUACUUAAAAACAAAGACAUUGUCAAGUGUUGUUACUUCUGUUCAUUAUCAAAAGGAUAAUCCUAACCAUAUUGUCAUUAACCUGCAAGCCACUUCUAGAUCUCCCCCAUUAUCUGAUUUGUACAAGGUCACUGAACAGUGGUUGAAGGACAAGAACUUACAUCUAUCUUUUAACAAUUACACUGUAUUAGGCAGAUCAAUCAAUGAUUUUACAAGCAUUUCAGUAGCACUGGAAUUUUCAAACAUCAAUUUCACAGAAUUAUCAAUAUAUAAAAGAAUGGAUUGGAUAAAAGAAAUAUCAAGGAGAGUGAAAUUAAUUCUUAGUGAUGGAGUUAGUGUAGACAAUGUGUGGUUGACUUUGAAUUACAGUAUUUUUGAUAUUAAAAGAAGCAACAACAUAUCACACCAUAUUGAUUUGGAUAAAGACAUAGAGAAAGUACAGACAUUUAUAAACCUUGGUGGAUUAACAUUCCAUUCAGAGAGCAAUCCUGUAACACCACACUAUGUUCUCAUGAAUGGCAAUAUAGAUUGUAGCAUUUGUAAUCUAACAACUCAAAUUUGUAAAAUGGAAAGAAAAUGUUUCUGGCAAGGAAAAUGGGAUGUUAAGUUUUGUAAUGCUGUAAAGAAUCCUGAUAAAUUUACUUAUGAAGUACUUCUGCCAUGUAAUCAAACUCAGACAUUGACCUUGGAUGAAAAGAAAGAAUCAGAGAUUGUAUUGUACAACAAGAUUCUACAGUUACUGCAUCCUGCUGGACAGCACAUAAUUAAUUCUGUUCAUAUCCAACAGGAAGGAGUCACCAUUGAAUUACAGACCAGUCCAUUAUAUCCAUACCUAGAAAGAUAUGCUGAAAUGUUACACCAACAAGUAGACUUCAGAACAGGAUUUAACUUUAGUCCACCAAAUAAAACAACAGUUUUAGUACCAAGGCAUAUGGAAGAUUUUACAAAUGCUGAUAUAACAUUAAAUUUUAGAAGUAUAGACUUUGAUGCCAUAGUUAACAGUGGACUAGCUAGUUAUUCACAGAUAUCAUCAUUGUUAAAUAGAAAGCUUAAUUUGUUCAUGUUGGGAGAAAUAAUACAGUCUUACCAAGUGAGGACAAUAGAGAAGGAUUAUAUUAAGUUCAGCCUAAAGAAGAGAUAUGACAGCCAUAUUGAAUUAUCAAGGGAGAUAACUAAACUAAAGCAUCUGGUUGAAGGUGGAGAUUUUGAUGUAGAUAUUAAUUACAUCAGGCCUGUCACAGCAACAAGGAUGUCUGUACUGGGAACAUUUGAUGAAUUGUGUGACAAUUUAGCAGUUCAGAGUACAGGACCAGUUAUUAACACUUUACCCACAGUGGCUUCCAAUGUAUCAACACAUCAGAUACCAAUAGCCAUGAUUCCUGUGCCAACUAUAUUGGUUUUAUACAAUAGCUCUACUGCUAAUGUACCUAAUCUACAAACAGUUAUAGAAACUAUGUAUGUUGAUGUAUGUUUUAUUGAGAUGAUGAAAAGUCCUGUUGCUAUGGAGUCUUUUUCAUGGAACACAUGUUCCUUUAAUACCCCAGUGAAAGAUAAUACAAUAAAAACUGAAAGAUUAGAUCCUGACCAUAUUGGACCAGUCCAAUGGACCAUUAUUGGUGUGGGAGGCAUAUUUAUUCUAGCAUUAGCUUUAUGGGCUAUCCAAGGAAUUCAUGAAAUGACAAAGAAGAACAAGUCCAAAGAAUCAGCUCCACAGAACUGCAGUAUUGAAGAUACAGAAUGAACUGAUUCAUGUUUAGAUCAAUUGACCAACUGUGCAGCUGUGAACCUUUCUCAUCAUUUUGCAUCCUUUCUGUAUAAAAUUUUUAGUGCCAUGAACUUUUAUAUUUUAUACAUGUAUUAUCUUCUGAGACCAUUGACACACUAAGACAAUUAAAAUCGAACUGAACCACAAAAUCAUCUUGAUAAUGUGUUGGGUCAGUUAUUUUUCAUUUCUACAAACAACAAGCCAAUAUGAUUUCCACUUAUUAAUGUAGCAUAAAGGACUAAAGAAGAUAUAACCAUAUUUAUCAAUUAUAUUAUAUUGAUCAAAAAUGAA